AUGGGCGGGGCCAUUGGGGCGGGGCCUCCCCUGAGAGCCGAAGAUGGCGCCGCCCAGACGCGCCUGGGCCCGUGGGCGCUGCCGGAGCCCGGCCGGGGCUCCUCCGGGGUGAGGAAGGUACCACCCGGCGGGGCGAGUGGCCCGGCAGCUCUGCUGCCGGCCGACAUGGACCAGCGCCUGGCCGAGCUGGUGGAGGAGCUCACCACCUCCGGAGAGCCGCGGCUGGAGCCGGGCAGGAUGAAGGAGCUGAAGAAGAUCUGCAAGUCGUCGGAGGAGCACAUCAGCCACGCCUUCCACCUGCUGGUGACGCGGCUGCAGGAGGAGCACGCCGAGAUGCGCUUCUCCGCCUUCCAGGUGGUGCAGGAGCUCUUCGCCAGGUCCCACCAGUUCAGGACGCUGCUCAUCGCCAACUUCCAGGAGUUCCUGGAGCUCACGGUGGGCAUAGACCACGAGCAGCCCCUUCCCCCGCCCAAGGAGGUGGCGCAGAAGCUGAGGAAAGCGGCCAUCAAGGCGGUGCAGGACUGGCACGAGAAGUACGGGGAGGCUUACAAGCAGCUUUCCCUGGGAUACCACUUCCUAAAGCGGAAUAAGAAGGUAUUCUGCACUGUUACUCCGCUGUGUUUUUAGGUGAUGAUCGCUAGGAAAUGUUUAAAGCAAGGAAACUGAUAAAUACUAAAAGAAAAAGCAGUUGGAAGUGACAUUGCCUGGAGGAGACAAUUGCCUGUUUGGAAAACAAACCUUUUCAGUUCAUCCUUCAAGACUGUAAAGCUUUACAAGCCCCAGGCUUGUUCUCAGAGCUGGGCUCAGCCUUUUCUCAGGGUGUAGGAAGUAUUGCUUUCACCCACUGAAUCCUGCCUGGAGCUCCAAGGUUUAGCCCUUUUUUGGAAGGGAAAUAAUGGUUAUGCCUUAAACUUUCUAUGCCAGUUUAAAAUAACCUGAUUUCUCUACUGAGCUGUCCAAUUCUAUCUUCCCUUUGCUCUGCAGCAGAGACAGCAAGUGUGGGUGUUUGCCCUCCUCAGCUUUAGUGUUACUGUGCCAUACAAGAAGUUUUAUUAAAGAGAAAUUUCUUGUAUGUAACCCACUUGCUUUUAGAUCUCCCUUCGAGUCUUCAAGUUAGUGUUUGGAACGUUCUGCUGCUUUAGUAUGUCUUCUGCUGCACAAAGAAUGAAAUUGGGAAUGCUAUUCUAGCAUUCACACUAUCUAUGAUAAUAACAGGCUUUCAAUAAACAUACUGAUUUUCUUUCUCUUCAGAAAGACAGAUGUUUAGUGUUCUUAAGAGUACAUAAAAAAACCUUUGUGAUACAUGAUGUAUUUCUGUUGUUCUCGUUCCACACUAAAUUUCUCAUAUUCCCUACUUGCUGCACUGUGCUGGUUUUUUAAUACAGUUUUUGGCAUCUGCUCACAAAAGAUGAUUGUCUCGGGAUUCUCCUUUUUUGUCUUGUCUAGUAAAGAAAGAAAAUAAAAUGGCAGUGGCAAAGAGAAAUGCAAGACUGAGACAAGGGAGGUUAAAUACAUGACACAGUUUUACCCAGUUGUUGUACAAGCGUACAACAGAUUCUGUGGAGUCUGGCAGGUCUGGCUGUGCUCCUGUGGUCAGUCAGGACAGAGGGAUCCCUCCCCAUGUGAUACAAGCUCCCCAGCGAGGUAGACUGUGCUGUUUUCUAGAGCAGCUGAAUUUGAAUUC